AUGCCUCCUCUCCGAGUUGGAGCCUCUUUACCGACCCUACUCACCCUCACCCGUCUAUUCCAUGCUAUACCCAGACGAUCCGAAGAAUGGGUUCUGGCAGCACCACCUCCAAUCGAACCUGAAGAUCCACCCGAUAGUCCUGCUUUUUGGUGGAAAUUGGGUUUGAGUGUCGUAUUCGUAUUGUCAGGCGGUGUAUUUGCUGGAUUGACAUUAGCGUUAAUGGGUUCGGACGAUCUGAAUUUACGAGUAUUAGCUACAUCCUCAUCUAACCCCAAAGAAAGAAAGGCAGCUGGGAAAGUGUUGAAAUUGCUUUCGAGAGGUAGACAUUGGGUAUUGGUGGUUUUGUUGUUGAGUAACGUUAUUGUGAAUGAGUCUUUACCGAUCUUCUUAGACGAUGUUCUAGGAGGUGGAUUAUAUGCUGUCAUUGUAUCGACUACUAUGAUUGUCAUUUUCGGUGAAAUCAUUCCACAAGCUGUUUGUGUACGAUACGGUCUAGCCAUCGGAGGAGCUUGUGCACCGAUGGUCUGGUGUUUCAUGAUUCUCUUUUCACCUAUUGCUUGGCCUACUGCGAAGUUGCUAGAUUAUAUAUUGGGUACGGACGAGGGUCAUACGUACAAGAAAGCCGAAUUGAAAUCAUUCUUACAAUUCCAUCGAGAAGGUGAGGAACCACUUCGGGAUGAUGAGAUUGGAAUUUUGAAUGGUGUACUUUCCCUAAAUGACAAGCACGCCAAGGAAAUCAUGACCCCAAUCAAAGAUUGUUUGACCCUGGCUUCAGACAAGAUCUUGGAUCACGAGGCAAUAGAUCAGAUUUUGUUAUCUGGCUUUUCAAGAAUACCUAUUCAUGAACCUGGACAGAAAGAUAAUUUCAUUGGAAUGUUAUUGGUCAAGAGGCUGAUCACAUACAAUCCCGAUGACGAAUGGCCAGUGUCGAAAUUCUCCUUGUUGCCCUUACCCGAAGCUAAACCAGAUAUCAACUGUUUUCAAGCUUUGGACUAUUUCCAAACUGGACGAGCGCAUUUGUUAUUGAUCAGUGAAACUCCAGGCCAGAAAGGUGGUGCAAUAGGAAUCGUUAGUUUGGAAGAUCUGAUCGAAGAAAUAAUCGGCGAAGAAAUCGUCGACGAGACGGAUCGAUAUGAGGAUAAUCACUCGAAGAAGAUGGCUAAGCGAUCAGGUCCAGCUGCUGUGAUGCGUGGUAUUAUCGAAAGGAGAAGAGUGAUCAACGCCUUCAGUCGACGUCCAUCUCGAUCAAACACCCAUGACACAACUCCCAACAACCCUGCUCAAAACACCAUCAGCUUACCUCCCACAAAUGGCAACAGUGGUAAUACCCAAGAUGGGAUAUUGAUCCAGAUCGAUAAUGGUAAUCUCGUAGCUGAGCCUGUGGGAUUCAGAGGUGAAUCUGAGGAUAGUGUACAAAUAGAUCAAAGUAAAAAAUUGACUGUUGGUGAGAAUCCAAAUAUCAAAACAAACUCGAACAACCAGCCGGAGAAUUUGAUGGAUACCAUCGAAGAGACUAGUCCGAUUGACCCUACGCCCAAGACAGUCACAACGGAAGAAGAACAGAUAAAUGUUACGGUCGAUAUGUCCGAUAAAGAUGCUAAUCUGUUAUCGCCUGAUCCUCAAAAUCAGAAUGGUGAUGAAGAAGGUUCAGGUUCAGGUUCGGCAAGCGGUACGGUCAGUGGAAAUGUUAGUGAACAUGAAGAAUCGACCGUAAAUGGCAGUACCGAUGGGACUGGUGGUGGGGAAGGUUCGGGAACAGGACAGAAUAAGAAAAAGAAGAAGAAGGGAAAGAAAGGAAAGAAAGAUAAGACGAAUCGAGAUGAUAUUCCGAACUCAUCUGUAUCUUCUUUACCUUUCGAAUCCCAUCAAUCAUUUUCGGGAGCAUGUUCGAAUUUCCUACAAAAGUACGACGAUAAUUCAUGUGCACCUUCGGCCAAUGAGGAUGAGCUGAAGGUGAGUGUAAGGAAGAGGAACAGAGGUUGGAGAUGGGUUGAACAUCGAUGGGUUCCGCAUCAAGGAUACUUGUAUAGGAAAUUAACCAAAUACAUCCCAUACAUUCUUACCCCCAAUUCCUCUGCUUCGCGAGAAGAGGUAGAAGAAGCUGUAAUAGUAGAAGAAGAGGGACUGGAAGAUGAUAUACCCGAUCAAGCUGCUGCGGUUCCUUCGUCUAUCACCCCAAAUCAAAGGGGACGGAGAGUGGAUAUUGAAGAAUAUAUUGUCUAUUCAAGGACUUAUGGUUGUCCCCAAUUUUGUUUCAGGGCAUUUGAUGAGAACGGCGCACCAUUGACUGUACCAAUGCUCUUAUCACUCAAUCUCCUCAAAGGAGGAGCUGGAGGAGCUACAAAUUCUACAAAUCCAAUGGACGACACCUUAAUGUUAGAUGACAGUUCGCCAUUUCCAUUGUUACAAUCGCUCGAACAUCCCACUACGGGUGAAUUGGUGUUAGGUAUACAUCCCUGUAGAGUAUCUAAUGCUGUUCAAGAGAUCCUCAGUGCCGAAGAACCAAAAGAAGGUAUGAAAGACGAGAGAUUGGAAUGGUUGGAAUGUUGGUUAAUGCUUACUAAUGAUAUUGUCGAUUUGAGUUAUCCAUGA